CCAGUGACAGCUCGCGACGUAAACAUGGCAGCGCCCAGGUCAACGUUCUGAUGUUGCGGCUUGAACGUUCUCUUUCAGCGCAUCAAAUUUUAGACUUGCUUUAGACAUGGAAACUCGUUGUGUAUCUCCAACAUCUACGACUUGUGAGCGCCCAUCUUCGUUUACAGGUUUGGUAAACCGACGCGUUGUGCUCAAGUCUCGACCUGGUGUUGACGGCGAUCCGCAGCUCGGCAAUUUUGCCACGGAACAGUGCGCUACACCGCGAGAGUUCAUUGACGGGGAGGUCCUGGUUCGCAGCGUGUUCCUGUCCAUCGAUCCUGCCUUGCGAUGCCGCAUGAACGAGAAUACGGGCGUGCACUACCUCACGCCGUGGCUCGUUGGACGCUGCGUCGAAGGUUUGGGCGGCGUCGGCAUCAUCGAGCAGUCCCACAGCCCUCUGCUUGAGAAAGGCGAUAUUGUCUGCAGAGCCAUGUCGUGGCCUUGGCAGCUGUACUUCAAGACGACCGCCGAUUCUCUCCAAAAAUUGGAUGUCGAAGAACUCGGUGGCGACGUGUCCGUCGUGCUUACGUGCCUAGGUCUCACGGGACUCACGGCGUUGCUGGGGCUGCGCGAAAAAGGCGGCAUCAAGCCGUCUGCCAACCAGACUUGUGUUGUGUCCGCGGCCGCUGGCGCCUGCGGAUCUCUGGCGGGCCAGAUUGCAAAGCUAGAAGGCUGCAAGAGAGUCGUCGGCAUAUGCGGCUCGGAUGAGAAGUGUGACUUCCUGACCAAAACGCUGAAGUUCGAUGCGGCCAUUAAUUACAAGACCCAAGACGUGGACAAGAGGCUGACGGAGACCUGUCCCGAAGGCAUUCAGGUGUACUUCGACAAUGUGGGCGGCCCCGUCAGCGACACCGUCAUCCGUCACAUGACUGCCGACUCGAACAUCGUGCUGUGCGGCCAAAUCGCCGUGUACAACAAGAGCGUGCAUUACCCACCACCCUUGUCCGAGGACAUCCAGAAGAUCGUCAAGGAGAAGCACAUCAGCCGCGACCGAUUCCUGGUGCUCCAGUACCAGGACAAAUUCGACGAGUGCCUCGCGCAUUUGAAAGCCUGGCUCAAGGAAGGAAAGCUGAUCGCGCGCCAGACCGUCGAGAGGGGUCUCGAGAACGCGCCGCAAGCUUUCAUCAACAUGAUGAACGGAGGAAACAUCGGCAAGCAAGUGGUCAUCGUCAGCGAUCUUAAUGAAUCCACGUGAUGUGGCUGAAUCUAUAAACGCAGUGUCCACAGCGCUCAGAACAGCUCGAGACGCAGGACAUGACAAAAUCGGAUCACGUGGCAAGCAUGCCGCUUGCCCCAAGUCUCGCACUUGUUGCCUAACUGCUCGCCCAAAGAAAACGAUUGGUUCCAGGGUCCAAUAGAAUUAAGCUGCGACGCUGUCUGCAAUUCAUCGCUGUGAACUCUUGCCGCAGUCUGCCGCUGCGCUCGCGGAAAGGACCGCAGAAGCUUAAUAAAUUGUAGGCUAGUUGUGGAUAAUAAAAUUUUCUU